AUGAAUCCUGAAAAGAAAGAAGGGCUUCUUAAGCAGGUCGAGUUUCUCAAACCAUCCUUGGACUCGCAGAUUCCUAAAAUACUAGACAGGAGCAUAACCGAUUCCGAAUUUGAGAAGCACUUGGCGGCGCUGAGUCCAGCGGUCAACUUGCUCAAACUCCAGCGGCGCAAAAAGUACUUCAGGCGCACCUCAGACAACAAGUGCCGGCGCCACAGCACCCGCCGUGACCACGCCAGCCCUGAGCAGCUCCAGUGGCGCAAAAAGUUCUUCAGGCGCACCACAGACGACAAGUGCCACCACCACAGCACCCGCCGUGACCACGCCAGCCCUGAGCAGCUCCAGUGGCGCAAAAAGUACUUCAGGCGCACCACAGACGACAAGUGCCACCACCACAGCACCCGCCGUGACCACGCCAGCCCUGAGCAGCUCCAGUGGCGCAAAAAGUACUUCAGGCGCACCUCAGACAACAAGUGCCGGCGCCACAGCACCCGCCGUGACCACGCCAGCCCUGAGCAGCUCCAGUGGCGCAAAAAGUACUUCAGGCGCACCACAGACGACAAGUGCCACCACCACAGCACCCGCCGUGACCACGCCAGCCCUGAGCAGCUCCAGCGGCGCAAAAAGUACUUCAGGCGCACCACAGACGACAAGUGCCACCACCACAGCACCCGCCGUGACCACGCCAGCCCUGAGCAGCUCCAGCGGCGCAAAAAGUACUUCAGGCGCACCACAGACGACAAGUGCCACCACCACAGCACCCGCCGUGACCACGCCAGCCCUGAGCAGCUCCAGUGGCGCAAAAAGUACUUCAGGCGCACCUCAGACAACAAGUGCCGGCGCCACAGCACCCGCCGUGACCACGCCAGCCCUGAGCAGCUCCAGUGGCGCAAAAAGUACUUCAGGCGCACCACAGACGACAAGUGCCACCACCACAGCACCCGCCGUGACCACGCCAGCCCUGAGCAGCUCCAGCGGCGCAAAAAGUACUUCAGGCGCACCACAGACGACAAGUGCCACCACCACAGCACCCGCCGUGACCACGCCAGCCCUGAGCAGCUCCAGCGGCGCAAAAAGUACUUCAGGCGCACCACAGACGACAAGUGCCACCACCACAGCACCCGCCGUGACCACGCCAGCCCUGAGCAGCUCCAGCGGCGCAAUAAGCAAAAGUUCUACAUUCUUUCCACCGUAUCAGACCAGAGCAAGCAGAGCGUCGAGAAAAAGGAAUUUGAGGCCAUCAGGAAGAAAUUUUCUAAUGAUGAGGUUUACGUCACCUGUGCGGCCAAUGGGCUCUCGAACAACUGGAAAUGCGGCAAGUGA